GGCCGGGUCAGACCCAAGCCCGAACCAAGGGAGCGGGCAUGAGGCGCUGCCCGUGCCGGGGGAGCCUGAGCGAGGCGGAGGCCGGGGCGCUGCCAGGGGCGGCCCGCAUGGGGCUGGAGGCGCCUAGAGGGGGGCGGCGGCGGCAGCCGGGGCAGCAGCGACCUGGGCCCAGCGCAGGGGGCCUGGCGGGGCGGCCGGAGAGACGCGGGCCUCCGACCCAGACCGAGGGGUUCAACCUCGGGCCUGAGCCAGGGACAGAACGACAGCUUGAGCCUGAAGCAGCUGGCCUCGGAGCACAGACGGAGCGGUCCAGCCAAAAUACAGAGCCAGAUAGGUUCAACCUCCGGACACAUCCAGAAAGGAGCAGUCACUGGUCAGAGCUGGAGACAACUGGUCCCUGGACGGAGAAUGAGACAGAUGGCUUUUGGACUGAUCCACAGAAGUCCGAUCUCCUGUCUAAGCCAGACAGGGCCAGCCUGUGGACACAGCCUGGCGUUGAUGGGCCCUGGACAGACCUAGAAAUACAUGGGUCACAGACCCAGCCAGAAAGGGCCAAACUCUGGGCUGAUAACCUAUGCCCCCAGCAGAACAGGUCUAGCCUCCGGACUCGACCAGAGGGAGUCUGUCCCUCAACAGAGCCAAGUGCUGAUGGCUCUUGGGAAGGAUUGUACACUGAUGGCUCCAGGACACAACAGGAUAUUGAAGGCCUCUGGACAGAGCCUCACAUCGAUGGCUCCCAGAUGCAACAGGAUACCGAAACAGCCUGGAAGCAGGUUGGCAUUUAUGGUUUCCCAGCACAAGAUUCUGAUGGCUCCUGGACUGAGCCUGGCGCUGACGUGCCCCAGACACGAGAUGCACAUGGAACCCAGACAAAGCCUGAGACAGACUGCCUUUUGGGGGAGCCCAGCCAAGAUGGCUCACUAGAGGAACGAGAAACCGGGGAAUUGGUGACUCACCUGUACUCUCACCUGGAGUGUAGCCCUUUGACCACUGUGCCCCGCCUCAUCAUCACUCCUGAAACCCCUGAGCCCGAGGCUCAGCCAGUGGGACCCUCCUCUAGGGUUGAGGGGGGCAGUGGUGGCUUCUCCUCUGCCUCCUCUUUUGAUGAAUCUGAGGAUGACGUGGUGGCUGGAGGUGGAGGUGCCAGCGAUCCUGAGGACAGGUCUGGGAACAAACCAUGGAAGAAGCUGAAGACAACUCUGAAGUAUUCACCCUUUGUGGUCUCCUUCCGAAAACACUACCCUUGGGUCCAGCUGUCUGGACACGCUGGAAACUUCCAGUCAGGAGAGGAUGGUCGGAUUCUAAAGCGUUUCUGUCAGUACGAGCAGCGCAGCCUGGAGCAGCUCAUGAGCGACCCCCUGCGGCCUUUCGUGCCAGCCUACUAUGGCCUGGUGCAGCGGGAAGGCCAGGCCUUCAAUCAGAUGGAAGAUCUCCUGGCAGACUUUGACAGCCCCUCCAUCAUGGACUGCAAAAUGGGCAGCAGGACCUACCUGGAGGAGGAAUUGGUGAAGGCGCGGGAACGACCCUGGCCCCGGAAGGACAUGUAUGAGAAGAUGGUGGCUGUGGACCCCGGAGCCCCCACCCCUGAGGAGCAUGCCCAGGCUGCUGUCACUAAGCCCCGCUACAUGCAGUGGAGGGAGACUGUCAGCUCGACUUCCACCCUUGGCUUCCGGAUCGAGGGUAUCAAGAAAGCCGAUGGGACCUGCAACACCAACUUCAAGAACACACAGGAGCUGGAGCAGGUGACAAAGGCACUGGAGGACUUUGUGGAUGGGAACCGUGGAAUCCUGAGAAAGUACGUGGCACGCCUAGAAGAACUUCGUGAAGCUCUGGAGAACUCUCCCUUCUUCAGGACCCACGAGGUAGUAGGCAGCUCCCUCCUCUUUGUGCACGACCACACAGGCCUGGCCAGGGUCUGGAUGAUCGACUUUGGGAAGACAGUGGCCCUGCCUGACCACCAGACGCUCAGCCACCGACUGCCCUGGGCCGAGGGCAACCACGAGGAUGGCUACCUCUGGGGCCUGGACAACAUGAUCCACCUGCUUCAGGGGCUGGCCCAGAGCUGACCUACUUGGCCGCCACUGGCUUUAUCUACUGGAUUAUGCCCGUCAGGCUGGAGGAGCCUGAGAUGCUCGGGGGCCUGAGGUUGGGGGAGUUGACCUCACUGUCGGGAGAGGUUGUGUUGUGUACCACACAAGACCUGAGUGGAAGAUAUGAAGGGCUAUGGAGACCAGAGAGUGCCUCACCCUUUCAUAAGCCAGGGGUUAAGGACUGGAGAUGGGGAGAGACAUGGCUGGGUCUCAGUGAGUCAGAACUAGACUGGUUCCUCUGAGCGGCCAGGAAGAUCUAUGAGGGGCUACCAGAGGCCACAGCUAAACCACAUACCCUGAAAGAACACGAUUCCCGUGGCUGGCUGUUGCAGGGGGUGUCACUCCGUGGAUGACUGCCUCCGUGGGGCUGCAAGCUGGUUCCGAGGCCAGCGACCAGUCCCAGCUGUGGUGCCAGGUGCCCAGGAAAACUGGACCUCGUCUGUGGUCAGGUGCAGGAGCUGCUCAGCCACCGGGGAGUUAUCUGAGGCCAUUCAGGUGCUGACAGGCUGAGGGGAGUGGGAUAACCAUGGGGCUGGCCCGAGAGCUGCCGCUGCUGGGUGGGCCCCAGUUCACCCUGUCCCUUGGCCCCAUGAUUCUGGAACUCUAACCUCCACAGACCAAAACCACGCCACGUCCCGUGAGCACUGUGGCCAGCACUUCAUUCCUCAGGCGCCAGCCUCAGCCUUGGGACUUCUGCCUCCUGCCCUUUACCCUUUCUUCCUUCCUCCUCCCGUGUGUAGGGGCAGAAAGGGCUUUCAGACGCCAAAAAGCAGGCUCGGGAAUUGGGAAUGAGCUGCCUUCCUCAGGAGGCCCCUCCUCCUGCCCCUGGCCCCUGCCGUGACUAGUGCCCACCUUGGGCAGAGGUGCAGGGUAGGUGGGGCCACUGGCUAGGACUGUGGGCUCACAACCUGGCCCAAACCAAAGCGCCCAGCACCCUCAGGUGUGGGUGACGCCCCUGUCCCCCUCUUCCUGCUCCUGUGACUUUGGGUUCUGGCCCAUGAGGCUAGACUUGGGGAGGACAGACAGUCCCCCAUUCCCUAAGCUGAAGCCCUAAGGUCUCCCGGAUAAGGAGGCGCACUCCUUUUCUACUGACCAUCUUUACAAUAUUUAUACAAGAUGUCUAUUUGUUCAAUGGGGCAGUAUGGGGAACAGGAGGCAAAAUCACUUCCCAUGCCUCCCCCACCAUGAGGACACCCCAGUAAACAGCACAUUCAUAGUCAA